AUGUCCAGGUCAAAAACGUUGGCACAGCGGCAAAUGGAGACUGAUGUGGACUCACGACUCGUCAUCGACAAAGGUCAAACGACAGGAGCAGAUGAGAUCGAAGAGUACGAUGCUGCCGACGACGAAGAAGAGGACGACAACGAUGGCGCAGAUGGAGGAGAGGAUGACGAAGAUGACAGCGAAGGCAGCGAUGAAGAUGGCACUAGUGGCGAUGAUACCUCCGACGGGCCCGGUGAGACAUCCGAAGAAGAGGACCUCAUUGAGGGUGAGCCGGCCACUACCACUGGACCUCAACAGAAGGCUAUCUCGCAGCCGCCCUCAAUGUCAGGCUGGCAAAUACUGGGUCCACUUCCAACAGUACAACCAGAAUUGCUUCAGGCUCAGCCACGCAACACACGUCGACGUAUGCGUCUUGACAAGAUCAAGCGCCAUCCCAAACGCUCCCACAUUCAGCGACAAGUCUCGGCGCCACCUCCGCGACCUCCCCCACCCGCCGCCACUCUCUCGCCACCGAUCGAGCUCGAAACAGAAGGAUCAUCUGAGUCCGGCAUCGAGUCUGAUGGUUUUAGCAGCAAUACCGAGGAUGAGGAUGCAACCACUCUGCCAUCUCCGACCUCGAACACCACCUCCAGUGCCACAGGUACGAUCGGUGCCGCCGGCGUCGCAACUGUCAAUGACCGACCGACCACGAUCUCGUCACCGACUGCCACAAAGUCGACUCUGAUCAUCGAAGCCACUCCCUCCGGCCCGAAUCAAGCAGCCGCGUCCGCCUUCCCGACCGGGGUCGCUGAUUCUGCUGGCAUAUCAGCCGGACCAGCUCCAGAAGAACGCAUUGCCAUCAUUGCCGGCUGUACCGUGCUGGGCGUCGCUCUCCUCGUCGCAGGUCUGUACUGCCUCUUCCGCUUCUGUGUGCCCGUUCGGACAUGGUACUCUGACCGCCGACGACACUACCGUGACAAGCGGUCCGAGCGACUGGGCACAAGUCCACAGGACUGGAAGUGGCCGUUGCAGUUCAUCUUCGGUAGUGAUCGGCCUGCACCGCCGCGCCGCAAGAUUACAGAUCCAUGGAAGGGUGAUGAUAUGGAGAGCAAUCCGACGGCUAGCGCGACUAUGGUAGCAGACGGGUUCCGGCCCAUGUCAGGACAGGGAGCGGCUUACAAGCUUCAUCACCAAAAGAUAACCGGCACGGCAAAGUGGUUCUUUGGCGCUGGUGGCGGCAGCAACAAAGAGUCGUCCCGCUGGAGCGAUUCCGAGGCCUCUGAAGUGGCUGGCCAUGCGGCAAGGACGACGUACAGCGAGAACACCUUCAUCAACUUAUAUGGCAAAGGGAGCUCGUCGCCGCCAACCACAAUUCUCGACGAGAAGGCCGGCUUCGCUGGAGGUGCAGUGCAAAUCAGUCAAGUCGAGCUCGCCCCUCCGCUGCCAGUCAAGCAGAACUUCAACACGAACAGCAAGCCCAAUCCCAACCCGGUCACUGUCACCUCCCGCAAUCUCCCGCCACCUAUCCCGGCGCUGCCAUCAAAAUCCAACCGAGCCUCAACGGCAACAACAGCCACAAACUUCACUGCCGGCGAAAUAGGCACUGCGGUCGCUAUGCCCAUCUCGACAUCCCCUCCGCCAACCCGCUCCAACACCGUCACCACCAACCUGUCAUCACUGGCACCGCCGCAGCCACUCUACUUGGGCGCACAAACGAGUCAUUUCUCCGCCUCCACCCUCGAUCCAGCAACGCCACGCACGUUCAUUUGCAGCCAGAAUAAAUUUGAGCUGCCGGAUAUCCCCUCCAGUCUUGUACGGCCAGAUAGUAUGGGCAGUGUGAGCUCAGUGGAUACCGUCGACGUCCUCGGCGGUGGAUUGGGGAAGGUGGGGAGUCGGGACAGUGCUGCGAGCGCGAGCAGUGCAGCACAGGGGCCGAAGCGUGGCGCAAGUAUGCGCGGGAAUGGGAUCAAGAGUGUGGGUGACGGUAAGCUGCCGCAGAAGCGGGCGGCGAGUCCGGGCAAGGUGGGACUGCCUGGGGCGGUGAGGAGGGUUGCAGAUGGCGGCGUGCUUUAG